AUAAAAAUUUGGCCUGAGCAUUUUCAGUGCUUCAAGAAUGUUGAAUUCUUAUGCUUAGACAAAUUGGAGGGUAUCAAGAAUGAUGUUUAUGAAUUACACAAGGAGGGUUUUUCACAAUUGAAACAUCUCCAUGUCCAUAAUAAUUCUAACAUCAUGUGCAUUGUUGACUCAACAAGUUGCAUACCUUCUGUUGCCUUCCCCCUCUUGGAGUCUUUUAUUCUUUUCAAUUUGAUUAACUUUUAAAUUAUAUGUUAUGGUCAACCCACAACAAAGUCUUUCUACAACUUAAAAGUUAUAGAAGUGCUAAGUUGUGCUAAAUUGUUAAUUAUCUUCUCAUUCUCCAAUGCCAGCAAAAGCCUUCCACAACUUCAAAGAAUUAGGGUGUAAGACUGCGAGAAUAUGAAUGUGAUUUUUGCUGUUGAAAGAGAAGACAUAGUAAACAAGAAUGAAGUGUUUGAUAAGAUUGAAUUCUUUCAAUUACGCUUCUUGACUUUGUUUAAUCUUCCAAGUAUUGCAAGCUUCUACUCAGUAGCAAAUACACCUUCAACAUUGCAAACCAGACAGGUGGAAUCAUCAAUUAAUUUGCAGUCCAAUGAAAUCUAUUCUGAGGAUGAGCUAGUUGAUACUGUCACACCAAUUUUUAACAAAAAGGUUGUUUUCCCUAGUUUGGAGGCCUUAAGUCUUGGAGCAAUCAAUUCUGAAAAGAUAUGGGACAACCAACUUCCGACAAUAUCUUGUGGCUAUCAAAAUUUGAAAAGAUUGAUUGUGCGUGGCUGUCAAAAACUAAAAUAUGUAUUUCCAUCUCCGAUAAUCAAAAGCUUUGAGCAGCUUCAACACCUUGAGAUAAGGUAUUGUAAGGAAUUAAAGGAGAUUGUUGCCAAAGAAGAGGGAGCAGAAGCAAAUGCUAUAUUUAUCUUUCCCCAAGUAGCCUUCCUAAAACUUAAAGACUUGCCAGAACUUACAACUUUCUACCCUAGUAAACACACUUCAGAAUGGCCAAUGUUAAAGAAGAUGGAGGUGUGUAAUUGUCAUAGACUGCACAUAUUCACUUCAGAAUAUAAGGUUAUUGUCCCCAAUUUGGAGGCCAUAGAACUGCAUUCAGUUAAUUCUGAAAUCAUAUGGGAUAGUCAACUAGCGACAAUAUCUCAUUGCUAUCAAAACUUGGAACGCUUGAUUGUGGUUGGAUGUGAAAAACUAAAAUUUGUAUUUUCAUCUUCUGUGGCACGCUUUGAGCGGCUUGAACACCUUGAGGUACGCAAUUGUAGGGUUUUAAAGGAGAUUAUUCGAAAAGGAGCAGAAGCAACUCCUACAUUUAUCUUUCCACGAGUAACCUUCCUACAACUCGAAGACUUACCAGAACUCGCAAAUUUUUAUCCUGGAGUUCAUACUUCUGAAUGGCCACAGUUAAAGAAGUUGGUGGUGUGUAAUUGUGACAAAAUAAAAAUAUUCACUUCAGAAUAUAUGAGCUUCCAUGAAAACAAUAAGGGUCAACUUGAUAUUUGGGAGCAACAAGCCCUCUUCUUGGUCCAAAAUAUUAACUCCAAUUUGGAGGAAUUAACAUUAAGCAGAUUGGACGACAUGGUAACAUUGCAGCAGCAGUUUCCAGAAAACUUCUUCAGCAGAAGUGCAGUACUUAGAAUAGUAACAGAAAAUGAGAUCAAAGACGAUAGAUCUACAAAUAUUCCGGUUGGCAUCCUUCAAAGAUUGAAUAAUUUGGAAAAACUCGCACUGAGAGGAGGUUCGUACAAGGAAAUAUUCACAUGUGGAGAGGAUGAGAAACGUAUGGAGACAUUGGUACAAAUAAAAAGUUUGGAGUUGAGCAAUCUUUCUGAUGUGAAAUACUUGUGGAGGAAUGACUUCAAACUAGACGUUGUUCUUCAAAAUCUUGAAGUUCUAGUAAUAUUUAACUGUGACAGAAUGAUAAAUGUGCUACCAUCCUCGGCAUCUUUCCAAAAUUUAGCAGUUUUGAGAGUAAGUUUCUGCGCAGGAUUGAUAAACAUAGUCACGUCAUCCCUAGCAAAACAAUUAGUACAGUUGAGAGAAAUGGAAAUAAAAUAUUGCAGAUUGAUGAUAGAAAUAGUAUCGAAUGAGAAGGAUGUGAUAGUAGAAGAUGAAAUUGUUUUCAACAAAUUGAAGAGGUUGUCACUAAGCCAUUUAGAGUGUCUCACAUGCUUCUACCCUGGGAAAUACACAUUGAACUUCCCAUCUUUGAAAGAAUUAAUUGUGCAUGAUUGUCCCAAGAUGAAGUCUUUCUCUGGAGGAAUCUUAAACACACCAAGUUUAUUGAAAGUUCAACAAAAAGAGUGGGAUAAAUAUGAAUGGUGUUGGAAAGGUGACGUUAAUACAACUAUACAACAUAUGUACAAAGGAGAGGUUAACUCCAAUUCGGAAUUGAUCACGCUAAGUGGAGAGGUCAUCACAUCUAAAUGGCAAGACCAGUUUCCAGAACAUCAGUUUUCCAAAGUGAAAGUUCUUCAGAUCAUUAAGGAUGAUUCAACACACUUUUCAAUGGAUGUCCUUGAGAGAUUUAACAGUCUUGAAAAAAUGAUACUAACAUUGUGUUCAUACAAAGAGAUUUUUUCAUGUGGAGAAGAUGAGAAAUGUGCUGGGAUGCUCACACAGAUAAAACAACUGGAGCUAUUUGGACUUUUUAAUUUGAAGGACAUUUGGAAACAAGACUCUCAUAUGGACUCAAGUAUUCAAAAUCUUGAAAUGCUACAUGUUGAUCGUUGCCACACUUUGAUUAAUCUAGUGCCAUCUUCAACAACCUUUGAGAAUCUAAGAACACUGUGGGUACAGUGUUGCGAUGGAUUGAUAAACUUAGUAUCAUCUUCAAUAGCCAAAAGUCUGGUGCGACUCAAAGAAAUGUCAAUAUGCCAUUGUAGACUGAUGACAGAAGUAGUAUCAAAUGAGGGAGAUACAGAAAACAAUGAAAUUAUUUUUGACAAAUUGGAGUCAUUGUUACUUUAUAAUUUAAAAAGUCUCACAAGUUUCUGCUAUGGGAAUUACACGUUCAAAUUCCCAUUUUUGGAAUACUUAGAUGUGAAAGAAUGCCCCAAUAUGAACACAUUCUCUCGAGGAGUCUUAAGCACACCAAUCUUAGACGAAGGAGAGGAGGUUUGGUAUGACAAUGAAAACUGUUGGGAGGGUGACCUUAAUACUACUAUACAACAUCUUCACAGGAAAGUGUAUAUUCAGAGUUCUGAAAAGAAUUCGGGUCAAACUUCGAUAAAAUCUCCAGAAUAAGGGCUCUUUAUUCUUCUUGUAUGUAGCUUGUGAGACAUUAUUUCGGCUCAAGUUCCGUGUGUUGAGGUAGGUCAGAAACUUCCAGGCAGCUCUUCCAAUAGUGCUUGAACAACAGAAAUGUAUUCUCCUGUCCAAAACACAAAGAAGGCUUAUGGAGAGAAUAAUCCCAAAAGACAUAAAAACUGCAGUUUCGGGUUUACCCACAAUUGACUGCCUUACAAUCCUUGGAUUUCAAUCUCCACCGUUCAGAAGUAGAGUGUGUCUCAUGAACAACAUGUCCAAAAAUCAGAAACGAUCGGACGGCAAACGAGCUCCAGAUCACGAUUUGAUGAUACACUGU